AUGCGGGCUUUCACGACUGUUGUCGUCACUAUCUUGUUCGUGUCCCAGGCUUUGGCAGCCCCUGGAAUCGCAUUUAUUAGUCUCCCUCGCGACGUCGAUGCCCGCAAUCAGGGCCUGUCUAGCCGCGACGAGCAUAACGCCGUCCGCCGUCAACCUUUUAUUCCUUUUAUUCCUCAUAAUAUUCCGCUUCUUGAAGUUCCGCUUCCAGUACGACGUGGAGGUGUUUUUCCUAGUGGUCCUCGGCUUCCACCGGGCGCUUUCAGCCCACUCGUGCGACCGCCGUUUCUAGGACGUCGGUACGGGCCACUUUUCGGCUAUGGCCCAGCUAAGGCACCACGACCACCUCUAGGACGUCGAUUAGAACCACUCGCCCCAGAACUUGGACCUUUCCAUUACCCUCCAGGUCUCUCUCGUGUUCAAGGCCGCAAUGCGGAAGUAUCUAGCCGCGACGAGCAUGUUUGGGAAAUCGCCCGCCGAGAAAGUCUCAAAGAUAAUGGGAUUUCACUGCCCUUUUUAGGCUAUGGCCCAGCUAUGGCACGACUGCCGCCAGGACGUCGGUUCGGACUACUGGGCCCAGGAAUUGAAAUUCGACCGGACCUCUUUGGCCCAGGCAUUGCACGACCGUUGCUAGGACGUCAGAUCGGACCACUGGGCCCAGGAAUCGUAAUUCCCCAUUUCCCUCCAAACAUGUUCGGGCUGGGCCCUGCUCGUGGACCCAGGGUCGGGAGAGAAAUUAGUGAGGGUGAGCUCAAGAGAGCACUUAGUGAUCAAGUACUCGCGAAUGGCCCAGCAGAACACGGUCUGUCCGGUGUAUUCCAUCAUGUCUUCUCACGCGACCUCAUUGAUGACCUGCUGAGUGAGGAGGGAGUCGAACAAUUCCCUGAAAAUAAUCAGAACACUACUUCACCUCUCGUCGACUGCCGGGUUUGACACGAUCGCAAUGCUUUCUGUUUCGACACUCUGAAGCAUUGCCUUCUAGCGUAAAUGAUUUGGGUUAAUUCAGGCGUUUGCUGGCUGAGAUUCGCUGGAUGUACUUUACUUCCUUCAUCGAAAUAGCAUUCAAGAUUUACAUGUGCAUCAACACCCAAUCAGUCAUCACCAGCCCUCUUUCAACAAUGCCGAGUCUGGUGUUGGCACAGUUUCACUGUUGGCAAGCUAGCAGGUAUAUUGAUGUGAAUGGCAGCAGGGGAAUCGAGAGCCCCAAAUUUGUGCUUGUGGUUUCCUUUCGCCUGAGAACCUCGUCCAUUGAAGCAUUUCCCAGCCCUGUAAAAGUGCACGGGCGUCACCGGGUUAUUUGCUAACUUGGCUUGUCAUGCUUCCAUCAUCCUGUAAGAGCUCAGCUGGUAACUCCGACG